AUGUAUGAUAAUGAUAAUUUUCCGAUAUUUGAUAAAUCAAUUUAUUUUGUUGAUAUACAAGAAAAUAAUUUAUUAAAUACAAUUUUAUUACAAGUUCAUGCAAAUGAUUCUGAUCAAGAUGAUAACGGUCGUAUAACAUAUGAAUUAACUGAGCCAUAUAAUAAUUAUGUUACAAUUGAUAAACAAACAGGAUUAAUAAAAACUAAAGUUCAAUUUGACUAUGAACAAAUGAAAAAUUUUACAUUCAAUGUAACUGCUAUGGAUCAUCCAAAAAAAGAACAACCAUUGAAAACAACAGCAAUAGUUCAUGUUAAUAUUAUAGAUCAAAAUGAUAAUCUUCCAAAAGUAAGUUUAUUUUCUCCUCUUACUGAAAUAUAUAGAGUGGUUUGAGACGAACUCUUCAACCCUUUCCGAUCGGACGUUACCAAAAGAUAGGGUACGGCGGUUCCAAAAAAAUGGAACUGAACCGGAACCGUUCUUUUCUCAUUUCUACUAACCGGAACCGCGGUUCCGGUUUCGAAUAAUCUUUGGAACCGCCGUACUCUAUCAAAUGACAACAUUUAGCCGUAGGGUAUUUUUCGAACGGUCAAGUUAAGUGAGCUCUAAAUCUGAAGUUUCAAGUUUUUCGACAAAUCGUAGCUUGCAACUCAGCGCAGUCCAUAGUAUCUAUUAGAACAAUGAAAAACAUAUUAUUACAGUUUUUAGGUAGAGUACUUCACGAAAACUUACACAUCUGUAAACUCCAAAUUUCGAGUACGCUUAAUUUGACCUUGUCGGAAUCUAUUAGACAGUUAAUAUCAAUCAUUUAAUUAAAUAUGAAUAAUAGAUUUAGGAAUUAACAUUAAUCAUGUCAAAAAGAUAUUAUAGUUUAGAAUAGUGAAGUUCAUAGACAAACAAACAAU